UCCGCUCCCCGGUGCAGCGGCCGGGGGGAGACGGCCGCUCGGUGUGCGAGGAGGGGUCCGGAGAGCCCGAGAGUCAGCGCCCGGCGGGCAGGCGGGUUCUCAGCGGCUCCGAGCAGCCGAGGUCGGAAAUACUGAAAAACGCUGUGCUGCGGCUCACAACGUGUGGAACCAACCUGCCCGGGAAGCGAGCCCAGCAAACCUUGGGCGGCUCUCGUACCCUCGGCUAUGCCAGCUGACGGUGGUGACAAUCGUUAUAGGAAACAAUGGAGAGGAAAACCACUGGAUGUCCUGGAGAACAUCACCUUUUCUUAAAGUUUCCAUCUAUGAAAUCGGUGAAGGUGCAUUGUCAGAAACUGUCAGCAGUAUUUUGACAGACCAACCCCAUUUCAUCUCAACUGCAAGACAUCUGGAUACAUCACUCAUGGAUUUCAUGGCUUCUCAGUGUGGAGCUGUCACUGUUUGCGUAAGCUGCCCUUGCUACCACAUCCAAGCCGUGCUGGACGUUUAUUUCUUCCUGAGGUUUGUCCUGACAGAGCUUUGGGAAUGUGGAGACAUCCCAGUCAACUGUAUCCCAGUUUUCAAGAAGGGAAAGAAGGAAGAAGACCCUGGUUAUUACAGGUUGCAGCUGUUGAAGCAACAGAGCCAUGGAGCCAUCGCUCAGCACAACUGGGAACACCAGGAGCUUGGCAAGGACCCCCGCUCUCUCACCUCUUUGUCCCAUAAGAAUAGGAUCACCUUCACCUUCAGAAAAUGGAGGAGGGGUUGUGAGGCAGCCCGCUGGGUCCCGUGUGCCCUGGCACGGCUCCCCGGUACCGGGCUGCCCGCCAAAGCCGUGUUCGGGUGCCCUCGCCCGGUGGCUGAUACCCCCGCACCCACGGCCGGCACCGGAGCGUGGUCCUCGCCGUGGGGAAGUCGUGCCGGUAAAUCCCUUCGGAUGCUGCACACCCGUCUUAGAAUGCCUGGGACAGAGCAAGUGCUGUAAGCUUGAAGCAUGUUUCAUUGCCUGCUGUGCAGUGUGGUGUUGA